ACAGGAAGUGGGUGGGGAUAAUAUGGAGGAGUUUCCGGCGUGCCCCGGCGGCUGAAAGCCGGGGCAGAAGUGCUGGUCUGGGUCCGCGUUCCAGUCCCCGUUCCGCCGAGGCGGUGGCUACGGUAGGAGGAAAGAGGUGUUGGACACGCCGGCCUUUCGCCGCUACACACUGCAGCCUUAUCUCAGCUCAAAAUGAACUACAUGCCCGGUACCGCCAGCCUCAUCGAGGAUAUCGACAAAAAGCACUUGGUUCUGCUUCGAGAUGGGAGGACACUUAUAGGCUUUUUGAGAAGCAUUGAUCAAUUUGCUAAUUUAGUGCUACAUCAGACUGUGGAGCGUAUUCAUGUGGGCAAAAAAUACGGUGAUAUUCCUCGAGGGAUUUUUGUGGUCAGAGGAGAAAAUGUGGUCCUACUAGGAGAAAUAGACUUGGAAAAGGAAAGUGACACUCCCCUUCAGCAAGUAUCUAUUGAAGAAAUCCUGGAAGAACAAAGGGUGGAACAGCAGACCAAGCUAGAAGCCGAGAAGCUGAAAGUUCAGGCCCUGAAAGACCGAGGUCUCUCCAUUCCUCGAGCAGAUACUCUCGAUGAGUAUUAACUCUCGUUCAGAGGCCAUUGCUCUUGGGGAGCAGGGGCUGCCACUGAAUGCAAGUGACAUUCUGGUCACCUCACACAUUUGACUAGAGACUAGAAUUUUGAAAAGCCAUUUUUCUUUUGAGUCUUUCACAUAUGCAAAAUGAAAAAAUCAUGUAACAGGGUUUUCCCCCCCUUUUUAAUAACAAAAUCAUUGUUUAAAGAAACAGCUGGAUGGACUUCUUCACUCAUCACUGUGAAGCCAGCAACUACUCUCCCUAUUGCUCUUCCCAUCCCAUAAUUAGCGUUUACAGGGGACAUUCUUCAUUUGCUUGUAAAUAAAGUAUGAAUCUCAAA